AUGGCUGCAGACAGGAAAUUGAGAAUUCUCUGUCUUCACGGUUACCGUCAGAGCGAAGCGAUAUUUCGAGAGAAAACAGGCUCAUUGCGUAAAGGACUACGCAAACUCGUUGAUCCUGUCUACAUAACGGCGCCAAAUCGAGUGAAAAGCGAGUCUGAAGGUGAGCCUCACUAUGGAUGGUGGUUCUCAUCGCCCGACGACUCAUUCGACGCAUCAGAGACAUCAGACGUAGACAACGGGCUAGACAAGUCUCUCACAUUGAUUAGAGACACGCUACGAGCAGAGGGACCGUUUGAUGGGCUACUCGGUUUCAGUCAAGGCGGCGCAUGCGCAUCAAUCAUCUCUGCUUUAAGAGAAAACGAGCCGUCAGAGUUCGAUUUUAAGUUCGUCAUUCUAGUGUCAGCAUUCGUAUCUCGCUGUACAAAGCAUCUGAAAUAUUACAAGAGUAGAAUACAGUGUCCAUCGUUACAUGUCUUCGGUUCAAGCGAUCGUGUCAUUCCUAGAGAAUGGAGUGAAAGUUUGGUGUCACAAUACGAGCAGUCUGUCGUCCUGUGCCACGCUGGAGGUCACUACGUGCCAGCCACUGCGUCAGAGCGUCAGACGUACUGCGAAUUUCUACGACAGUUCGUCUAG